UGGUAUGAUCAGUAUUCCACCAAACCGUCCAUCAAGAAUAUUUUAAUUUGGUGAGUUACAAAAUUGUGGAGAUAAGGUAUUAAUUUCUUUCCUUCCACAUUACAAUGCAAGUAUCAAAGGAUUUUCUUAUCCCAAACCUAAACACUUCCAUAACAGGAAUAUGUGCUAUAGUGCUCCUCAUGAUCAUCUCCUAUUUUAUAUUGCAUCGAGGUUUUGCCAAGGGCAAAGUAGCACCUGAAGCCAAAGGAGCAUGGCCCAUAGUCGGUCACCUUCCUUUGUUACGUGGAGCAUCCAUGCCUCCACAUAUAACAUUGGGAGACAUGGCUGACAAGUAUGGCCCUCUCUUUACCAUCCGCCUUGGAAUGCACCGAGCCUUGGUGGUGAGUAACAGUGAGAUGGCUAAGGAAUGCUUUACCAUCAAUGAUUUGCAAGUUUCGGGACGACCCAAACUAAUCGCCUCGAAGCACUUUGGCUACAACCACGCCAUGUUUGCGUUUGCACCUUAUGGAACUUAUUGGCGCGACAUCCGUAAACUAUCAACGUUGCAAUUGCUCUCCAAUCGCCGGCUCGAGCUUCUCAAACACAUUCGGAUCUCUGAAGUAGCCAACUUCUUGAAACAACUAUAUGGAUAUUGGAAUGAUCAGGAGAAGAAUAUCUCGGGGCAAGCUUUGGUGGAGAUGAAGCAAUGGUUUGGGGACUUGACUCUGAACGUCGUUCUUAGAAUGGUGGCUGGGAAGCGAUACUCUUCUUCUAUUGGUAUUGCUGCAGAUGAGAGAGAAUCGCAGCGGGUGUUGCAGAACGCACUCCGGGAAUUCUUUCAUUUGUUGGGCAUGUUCGUUCCAAGAGAUCUCAUUCCUUUUCUUGGGUUUUUAGAUUUGGGAGGAUAUGAGAAAGCCAUGAAGAAAACUGCGAGAGUAUUAGAUGAUGCACUUAAUAAAUGGCUGCAAGAGCAUAAAAGAAAGAGAGAAGGUGGAACUCAACUGGUUAACGAAGAACAAGACUUUAUGGACGUGAUGCUUUCUAUGCUUCGGGAAUCAGACCAUGCCAGUUUUGAUACCGAUACUAUCAAUAAAUCCACAGCCUUGAAUAUGAUUGCAGCGGGCAGUGAUACCACUAUUGUUACGAUGACAUGGGCUAUAUCUUUGUUGCUGAACAACCGCCAAGCUCUUAAAAAGGCCAAAGAUGAAUUAGACUCGCAUGUCGGGCGUGAAAGAGUUGUGGAAGAGUCCGAUAUCAACAAUCUGGUGUACGUACAAGCCAUUGUUAAAGAGACACUACGUCUGUACCCUGCAGCGCCACUCUCAACCCCGCGUGAAUUCAGAGAAGACUGCAACAUAGGGGGCUACCAUGUCCCAAAGGGUACCAGACUUAUGACCAACCUAUGGAAGAUCCAAACCGACCCGCAAAUGUGGGAAGACCCAUUGGAGUUCAAACCGGAGAGAUUUCUGACCACCCACAAAGAUGCUGAUUAUAGGAGUCAGCUGCAUUUUGAGUAUCUGCCGUUUGGGAGUGGUAGAAGAUCGUGCCCUGGUGCUUCUUUUGCGAUGCAAAUGCUAAACUUUUCGAUGGCUAGUUUUCUGCAUGCUUUCGAAAUCUCGACUCCCUCAGAUGCUCCGGUUGAUAUGACGCAAAGCUUUGGACUAACAAAUCUGAAAGAAACUCCACUUGAGAUUCUCAUCAAGCCCAGCCUCCCUGCCAAGCUCUAUGUCUAAGGAUGAAAGACCCUACAAAAAUAAUUAAUGAAUGUAUGUCUACAAAUAAUUUCAGUACUCAGAUAGGUUAAAAGGACGCUGUCAGUUUUAUCAAUUUUCACUUUGUUACUGUAAAAUAUAAGAGAAUAUUACAAUAAUGGAUAGCAAAUGUUGUAAUGAUAGGUAUAUUACCAUAAUUUUCAAUAAGUGAAAACAAAUGUUUCGAUUA